ACGCUAAACACAUCUACAGGCUACACCCCCUUUCAACUCCGCCACGGUUGCUCUCCCCGUGUUAUUCCACCCCUCGACCCUGGCUCUGCUCCGUCUUCUGAAACUGUCGACGCUCAUUCGCUUAUACAACGCCUUGACAAUGACGUUGCUGAGGCCCGCGACAACCUCUUCGUGUCCAAGAUCGACCAGGCAUACUUCGCAAACAAGCAUAGGGGCCAUGAACACAUCUACUCCCCGGGCGACUAUGUCCUACUCUCUACAAAGAACAGACGACAGGACUAUAAGAGAAAAGGCGAGUUCAGGGUUGCUAAA